AUGGAAGUAGAGGACAAUGUUUUGUUAGAUGCGUUGAAGCUCAGUCAUAAGAGGUUUGUUUUAUUAACUAGGGGGGUUGGAGUCCCACAAGGGCUUGUUUGGGUUGAGGUCAGGCCAGGAGCAGGAAGAGAUCAUUUGCUCGAGAAAGUCAUCGUGAGAGUUGGGGUGGUGUGGAGGUCUUGGAGGGAGAUUUGGGAAGAGUUUAAGAGGGAGUUGAUUCCUUGCAUUUCUCUGUUACAGGUCUGCAUAGUUGUGAAAGAGUGA